AUGGCGACUCGUCCGAAUCUGCAGCACACAUUGUUGCUUGCGAGCGACUGUCCUGCGACUUGCCUUAAUGGAGUCUCUGUCAUGUUAGGCAUUGACGAGGCUGGUAGAGGUCCAGUCAUGGGUCCAAUGGUCUACGGAGCUGCGUACUGGCCUAUAGCCGAAAACGACGCCAUGUGUGCAUUGGGCUUUGAUGAUUCCAAGGCUUUGAGUGCCGACAGCCGAGCGCAACUGUUCGAUAAAAUGAGGUCAACGACGGGCCUCGGGUGGAUCGUUCGUUUGAUCUCGGCUGCCGAAAUUUCGGAUAAGAUGCAGCGUCAGACCAGUAACUUAAAUGAAAUCUCACGAAAUGCGGCUAUUCAACUUAUUCGUGAGGUCCAAAAGAAAGGUGUGGUAGUGAAAAAGGUGUUUGUAGACACAGUGGGGGACCCACGUUGGUAUCAGAGCUUUUUGACGAAACAUUUUGAUGGGACAAUUGAGUUUCGCGUCGAAAAGAAAGCUGAUAGUCUGUUUAAGGUUGUAAGUGCGGCGAGUAUUGCGGCCAAAGUGACGCGCGAUCGCGUCAUAAGCGAAUGGGAGUGGGAAUGUCCAGCGCUUGAUUUGCCAACUGACUUUGGGUCUGGAUAUCCCAGCGAUCCAAAAACGAAGACGUGGCUCACGACUCACGCAGAUCCAGUGUUUGUGUUUCCAAACAUCAUUCGCUUCAGCUGGGGUACAGUUGAACCGUUUAUCAAAAAAGCUGUCAAGGUUGAGUGGCCGCAUGAGAAAGAGUUUGAAAAGGCCAAUGCUCCAGCUGGUACACAAUCGAUUUCGUCAUUUCUUGUUAAACCUGUGACAAAUAAUAAACCUGUCACACGUGCUGCAUUUUUCGCUUUGAGAAACCUGCAUCAUCCCCCCGAGUGCCUUCAUUGUAGUGAUUUGUGGCAAUUUAGCGCCCAAUAUGGCGACUGGUUGGCUAUCAAACUGUUUCUUUACAGUCAUGCAUUAGUCGUUGACCCCGACGCAACUACUGGUGCGCCCCAUCGCCGUAAUUCGUUGAAAGUUUGGAUGGAUUUGUGUCUAGUCACGGAUAUCGUCAGGGUGCACAAAGGGGCAACAGCUCGUCGCAACAGCGACAGUCAAUCAAAGCGUAUCAUUGUGGAAGAGAGAGACGAAUGGCUACAUUGUUUGUUACUUGCUACCAAGUUACACGCUUCGCAGACGGACAGUCAAAAUGACGCAGCGUUCUUUCGAUUUGCAUCUAGUGGCUCUGAAGACAGUGAAGAAGAGAGUCGGCAAUCAAGUUUAACAUCCUGGUCUGAUGCAACGGCGGCACAGACAGACAGUACAACGAGCUCUGUUACGUCAACAAUUGUAGUGAUUACAGCAAAGGAUGAUCAUGACCACAGCGUAUCAACAAUCAUAUCUUUAAAUGAAACAAUUCAAGGAAGACUAAGUCUUUACCGUUUAAAACUUGAUGCGAUUCGGCAUAUGAAAGCAGAGCUUCGACGAUUAAAUUACAGCAAGAAAAAGAGCGUGACAUCUGAAUUGUUGCAUAUGCUUGAGCGUCCACCCGAUAGCUUUAUGUUUUACUUGGAGAGGGAUGGUGAAUGGCUUCAGAAUGACCAGCAAUAUAUUGAUCACUAUCUAAUCGAUCAUUCAAGUACAAUAAAACUCGAGCUUGUACCGGUAUACCGAAUCCCGAAGCCAGCACUAACGUUAAAUAUUGUUGAGACCAGGAACAAGGUGAGUGAUCUAUCUCAGCGCCCAUACACGUGCUACGUCAUCGACGUGGUGUUCAACGGCACAACUUGGCAAUUAUCACGGCGCUACAAAGACUUUAAUGCGUUGCAAACUGAAUUAAAAUGCAAAUAUCCGAAUCAUACACUCCCAAUGUUACCGCCAAAGCAUAUGUUUACACCGGUAAAAGGCGAAUUUAUCCAAUAUCGCAAACAGGAGCUGGAGAAAUUUUUAAAACAAUUAUUAGAGUACCCUGAUGUCAGCACUGAUGUGGUUUUAUUUUCAUUUUUGGGCAUCGUGUCAACUGCUCGCGAUCCGGAGACUAGCCGCAAUACCAAAAGUGUGCUUCAUGUCACGUCUCUUCACGAAAGUGUCGCUAUUGGCGACAUUGUUCUCUUUUCUUGUCGUUUUGGAGCUAGUCGACUACAGCGCAAGUUUACUGGCGCUAAGUACGAUCAUGUGGGAAUUGUCGUGCCAGGUGAGUCUCAAAAUCUCUUACGGAUCAUGGAAGCAACUUCAGAGGGGAUACAAGUGUACUCGUUGAAAGUGCGUCUUAUGGCCUAUGCUCGUGAAGUCUCGAAUGUGAUUGUAGUACGAAAAAUCGAAACGGAACGAUCGAUUGAGUUGAUGGACACACUGACGGAUUUUGUCCGACGUGUCAAUGGCAACCGUUAUAGUUUAGCUGAAAUCCUUCGGUUUACUGGAAAAUCGGAUCGCAAUCUUGCCCGUUCAACUCUUGUCACUCACAGCAAGUAUGAAGUUGGUGAUGACAGUAUUUCAUCGAAUAUCAAUAGCUCAACACCAUCUUCUCCAGUCACUUCAUCAAGUGAUUCGACCAAGUCGCAACGUAAAUACUUUUGCUCAAGUCUAGUAGCUGCGGCGUGGAAAGAGUUGGGAUGGCUUCAAACAAAACGUAAAUCCAGUUCGUUCUGGCCCGGAAGUUUCGAAGAUGGUGGGGAGGUAGAACGAUUGCUGCGACCGGAACUUGUGCUUGGGCCCGAAAUUGUAAUUGACUGUCGAAUUGUUGAAGUUGGUCUUUCAGCUAGCAUCUAG